AUGGGAUCCAACAGUAGAACCAUCAAGCUUCCUCUCGUUCCCCUUGCUAAGGGCUCGGUACUUUUACCCGGUGUGACAUUACGCAUCCCAGUUGCCAACCGUCCAGAUCUUGCCAAUCUACUUUCGUCGCUGGUGGACAGGCCUUCGAGGCGAGAUGCGAAUACCAUCACCUUCGGCUGUGUUCCGCUCAACUCGCCGUUCUUGAGCCGAGAUGGACAGCAGCUCCUCGAAGGCGCUGACUCGGAUGCAGAGCGAAAGGAGGAAUAUGAUUCGAUUGAUGCCGGUCAGGCACGGAAGGAGGACCUCUUCCGAUACGGAACUAUUGGUAAAGUCAUCGGUGUUCAGCGCCGGGCUUAUUCCGAGCCAUUCUUGCUUGUCCAGGGCUCGCAAAGAUUCUCUAUUAAGAAGGUCCUACGAGACCGGCCCUACUUCGAGGGCGAGGUGUUCCUCUAUGAUGAAACCAACUCCGGUCAAGGUGAUGCUGAAGUCGCCGACCUAUUCCAACAAUUAAGACAGCUCUCUAGAGAACUCCUCACUCUUCUACGUCUCUCCUCAUUGCUGUCGGCAGCCUCCUCUCGUCUUUCGCCACUCGUUGCCCGAAAGUUCGAGCUUUAUAUAUCGAAGACAGAAUUGACCCAGGCCGGCAGGCUAGCAGAUUUCAUGGCCGACGUUUCUGAUGCCAGCUUUGAGGAAAAGCUACGCAUCCUCGGGUCACUGGAUGUGAAGGAACGCCUGGAGAGGGUUGUUGAAAUCCUCACCAGACAGGCGCAGCAUAUCAAGAGUAGCGUUAGGGUCACCUCUGUUAGCUCAACUUCAUUCCCCUCAUCGGGAUUGGAUAUCAGUCAAAUCGACCCCCGUGAACGUGAGCUGCUCGCUAAGCGUGCAAUCUCCGGCCUGUCUGGCAUGUCACCCGGUGGCGGUCGUGGCAACGACGAAGAGAAAGAGCCUAACGAGAUAGAUGAAUUACAACAGAAGUUGAAUGAUGCGGAGCUUAGUCCCGAAGCUCGAAAGGUCGCCGACAAGGAACUGAAACGCCUGCGCAAGAUGAACCCCGCUAAUGCCGAAUACGGCGUCUGUCGGACCUACUUGGAGAAUUUGUCCGAAAUCCCAUGGACUAAAGUGACAGAGGAUCAGCUGGGACCGGACACGUUGAAGAGAGCCAGGAAGCAGUUAGAUGAGGAUCACUAUGGCCUGGAGCGGAUCAAGAAGAGACUCUUGGAGUACCUGGCCGUGCUGCGGUUGAAGCAGUCCAGCAACGCGGAUGUGGAGCGGCAGAUUUCAGGACUCUCAAGGGAUCUGGAUUCCUCUGCAGUUGGUGAUGUCGAAAAGGAUGUCCCUCUGCUGUCGGAAUCUGACCGAGUUGCAUUGGAGACUCGCCUUGAAAUGUUGAAGUCCAAGCGUAUGACCGACAAGUCUCCUAUCUUGCUUCUGGUUGGGCCUCCCGGAACUGGUAAAACUAGUCUUGCAAGGUCGGUCGCUGCCUCGCUUGGCCGUAAGUUCCACCGGAUCUCCCUCGGUGGUGUCAGAGACGAAGCGGAAAUUCGCGGCCACCGUCGCACAUACGUUGCAGCCAUGCCUGGACUAAUUGUCAACGGGUUGAAGAAGGUUGGCGUCGCCAAUCCUGUUAUUCUGCUCGAUGAGAUCGAUAAAGUUGGCGGCGCCAAUUUCCAAGGUGACCCGUCUGCUGCUAUGCUGGAGGUUCUGGAUCCUGAGCAGAACCACACUUUCACCGAUCACUAUAUCAAUAUCCCUAUCGAUUUGAGCAAGGUUCUAUUCCUUGCCACUGCCAACUCACUGGAUACAAUCCCUGCGCCUCUCCUCGACCGCAUGGAGACCAUCGCCCUGUCUGGAUACACAACCGUUGAGAAGAGACAUAUUGCCAAGCAGCACCUGAUCCCGAAGCAAAUUCAAUCUAAUGGUCUUACCGAAGGCCAGGUCAACAUGUCCGACGAGGUGAUUGACAAGACCAUCACCGCGUACACCCGUGAAUCAGGUGUCCGUAACUUGGAGCGGGAACUUGGCUCUAUCUGUCGUCACAAGGCCGUUCAAUAUGCCGAUGCUGGAGACGCCGAUCGCGUGGGUGAUUACAACCCUGUCGUAUCAGUUGACGAUCUAGAGGACAUCCUCGGAAUCGAGCGCUUCGAGGAAGAGAUCGCCGAAAAGCAUGGUCGUCCUGGUGUUGUCACGGGCCUUGUCGCCUAUUCUACCGGUGGCCAGGGGAGUAUCUUAUUUAUUGAGGUGGCAGACAUGCCCGGCAACGGACGUGUCCAGCUCACCGGUAAGCUGGGCGACGUGCUCAAGGAAUCUGUCGAAGUCGCCUUGACAUGGGUCAAGGCCCACUCCUUCGAGCUCGGUCUCACACACGACCCCAAUGAGGACAUCAUGAAGACCCGUAGCCUGCACGUCCACUGUCCCUCCGGUGCUAUCCCCAAGGAUGGUCCAUCCGCCGGCCUUGCCCAUACUGUUGCCUUGAUCUCGUUGUUCAGCAACAAGCCUGUUCCGCCACAGAUCGCCAUGACCGGCGAAAUCUCCCUACGUGGUCGCGUCAUGCCUGUUGGUGGUAUCAAGGAGAAGCUUAUCGGUGCUCACCGCGCAGGUGUCAAGACUGUGCUUCUGCCCGACCACAACCGCAAGGACGUUAAAGAUGUUCCCCAGGAAGUCAAGGAUGAUUUAGAAAUUAUCUAUGUCAAGCACAUUUGGGAAGGUCUGCGCCAGAUUUGGCCCGAUGCGCAGUGGCCGGGCCAGCACCAGAUGGACUUUGUCGAGAGCCGACUGUAG